AUGACGAAAGUUCCGAACCCGGUGUUUAAAGACAUUACGGAAGAGCAAACUAGGACAAACAGUUAUGCUGCUUUAGUUCCAGGUCAAACUAUAGUUGAAAUCCCAACUUAUAAUUUAGAAUGUGGUGAAGUAUUAAACAAUUUCCCAGUAGCAUAUAAAACAUGGGGGCGAUUAAACAAGGAUCAUGAUAACGUAUUAUUGAUUUGCCACGCCUUAACUGGUUCAUCAGAUGUUCAAGAUUGGUGGGGACCAUUGUUAGGCAAUGGUAAGACUUUUGAUCCAUCCAGAUAUUUCAUUGUUUGUAUAAAUUUCCUUGGAUCUCCUUAUGGUUCAUGUUCACCCGUAACAAUAGAUAAAGCCACUGGAAAACCUCAUGGUCCUGCAUUCCCAUUAAUCACUGUUAAAGAUGAAAUCGGUAUUCAAAGAUUGAUUUUAGAUUCAUUAAGUGUUCGUGCCAUUGCUUGUGUAAUUGGUGGAUCAAUGGGAGGAAUGUUAACCUUGGAAUAUUCAGCAACUUAUAAUAAUACAGGUUAUGUCAAAACUAUAAUUGCCUUGGCAACUUCAGCCAGAGCUUCCGCAUGGUGUAUUUCUUGGAAUGAGACCCAAAGGCAAUGUAUUUUCAGUGAUCCAUAUUAUGAUGAUGGGUAUUAUUAUGAAAAUGCGGGUACAAGACCUGAUUCAGGAUUAGGAGCUGCAAGAAUGGCAGCUUUAUUAACUUAUAGAUCAAGAAAUUCAUUUGAAACUAGAUUUGGAAGAAAAUUACCUGCUACCAUUGAUAAUUUAAGACCAAUUUCAGAAGAAGAUGCACGUAAAAAGGAACAAGAAAUAGGUAUUAGAUAUCCUAAAACGAAAGAUGAAGAAAAUUGGUUAAUUCAUAAUGAAGGAUCAAGAUCAUCAUCUAUGAAAAAUUCCAAUUCUGGUUCAAGUACUGCCUCAUCCAAACCUCAAACUUAUUUCACAGCUCAAUCAUAUUUAAGAUAUCAAGGUAAUAAAUUUAUUAAACGUUUUGAUGCCAAUUGUUACAUUUCAAUCACAAGAAAGUUAGAUACUCAUGAUAUAACUAGAGGUCAAAUAGAUUUAUCCACUAAACCAAAUGAAGAUCCAUUACCUGUAUUUUUAAAAUCAUUAACUGCACCUCAUUUAAUUAUUGGUAUAGAAUCUGAUGGAUUAUUUACAUAUGGUGAACAACAAUUAUUAGGUGAAAAUAUUCCUGAUUCAAUUUUAAAGAAAUUAGAUUCACCAGAAGGACAUGAUGCAUUUUUAUUAGAAUUUGAAGAAAUUAAUGAAUAUUGUUUAGACUUUUUACAAAAGAAAUUACCGGAAUAUUAUGAUGAAUCAUCAGGUAAAUUCGAACUUUUUGAAAACUGGGCUGACUUUGUUGAUAGUAUAGAUAAUGGAGGUAAUUCAGUUUUUGGAGAAGCUGAAAAGAACAUUACAAAUUGGUAA